CUUCCCUCGACCAGAAUUGAUACUGACCAUUAAUCACAAUGCGCCCAACAGCACAAUGCUUUGCGCCCAAGGGCUUCAUGUCCCGCAGCCUGGAUGAAUUCAAACGCCUCUCGCAGGUUGCUCUCAAACUUGAAGGCCUGAGCACUCCCCGCAAAGCGUUUCCUCUGGUCCGCUUCAAUGAUGCCGAGGAUCUGGAAGGAUGCAAGAAAAUGAGCGACAAGGACAUCGGCGGCUUUUCAACCGUUAAUCUCGAUCACCACCCCGUCACCCAGACUGCGCCCGCACACGUAUGUUUCCACGGCACCAUAUCGACACAGCUACCCCACAAUCAACCGCACAUUCAGAGGACAGGAUAUGCAGGGUGGAGGACACUCGAGCGGGGUCGCACUAUCUUUGGCCCUUCGUACUGGGAUGUCAGCAUGUACGGCUACUUGGCCAUGCAGUUCAAGUCGGACGGGCGCAAGUACUUCGUGAACGUGCAGACCGAUUCAAUCGUGCCUACAGACAUCCAUCAGCAUCUGCUGCAUUCAAAGACUCCGGGAGAGUGGGAGACCGUGCUCAUCAAGUGGAGCGAGUUCGUCCGGACGAACCACGGUCAAGUUGUCGAACCGCAGAGGGAGAUGUUGACACAGAAAGUGCGCACUGUGGGCAUCUCGCUGAUAGAUAGGAUACCCGGUCCUUAUGAUCUUAGCAUUGGCAAUAUUUGGGCGACGAACGCGAAUAGAGAGGACGAUAUUCUUUUGGAUACGCCAGGCCACAUUCAGGGACUUCCCAUUGGCUCGAAACGGCGAGGGGAUUAUAACAAGAACGUUGGGAGAAGAGACUCCGCUCAGGAGAAACCAGAGCGCGAUAUCACCGAGACAAAUAGUUAGGGAAGUAGAGAUUGCUCGAUCAUUUAGCAAUGGUACAUUCUGCGCAUGGAUCCUUUGCACUGUUUGCCAUGUAC